AUGACAAAUUCAAACUGUGUUUUGAAGGCGACCGAAGGCUUGACUGGCUUUCGGAAUCUUGCGAACGACUUCGUCAUCGAUUUCGGUGCUGCGGGAGAGGGUACUGCCCAGGUACGGGAAUUUCUCCACCACUUGCAGUUGGGUUCCGUUCAUGCUGAUCUGUGGCGCAUUGUGAGGAGGGGCUGUGUUGGGUGGCAGUUGAUGCAUAACCACCGUCAUCUCCGUGUUGGUGACCAGACCGAAGUUCUCGUAGGCGGCGGAGAAGAGGUUCAUUCUCCUUUACAUGUCGUCUUCCGAGGUAGUGUUGAGGGCUCAGUCGCCUACGAAGAGAAGUUUGUGAAUGGUGGUUGUGGAUACGCGCGAUUGGAAGUGUACCCGCCGGUGAUUGAAGAGGUGGCCGUCGGUUCGGUAGGCAAUGCGGAUCCCGGGGUGUUCAUCACGGUAGGCGUCCAUCAGCAUGGCAGAGAGCAUAAGACUGAAGAGGAUGGAAACAUCCCUGCCUCUGAGAUAGCUCUGUUGUCCGUGACUCGCGCCAUCGUGGAGCUUACGCACCAGCUGAAUGGAUCGUUCGGGACAGCCGAAUUUCUGCAUGAUCUUCCGAAGUCCUUCACGAUUAACUGUGUCGAAGGCUUUCGUCGGAUCCACGAAGGUAGACUACAGGUGGGUCUGCAUCUCCUGACACUUCUCCUGAAGUUGACGGGCAGCGAAGAUCAUAUACGUGGUCCCACGAUGACGGCGGAAGCCGCGUUGGCUUUCCGGCAGAGAACCCAGUUCUAAAUGAUUAUUCAGACGGUUGAGGAGGAUGUGAGCAAAGAUUUUCCCGGCUAUAUCCAGCAGGGAGAUACCUCGAUGAUUGUCCCGGAGCUGGCGGUUACUUUUUCGCUUGUAUAGGUGCACGACUGUGGCGUCCUUGAAAUCCUGCGGGACUUCUCCUCAGCGUCAUAUCUCCUGGAAGAGCGCAGUCGGGUGAUCCAUGAGUUAGGGGCCAUCGUGCUCGUAGAUUUCAUCAGGGAUCUCGUCCGAUUCGGGUGCUUUCCCGUUGGAGAGCUUCAGCACGGCCUUGGUGUUUUCGUGUAGAAAGGGCGGGAGGUCGAGGUUGACGUUGGUCUACACUUGCGGCAGACGGGCGAUGGCGGCGUCUGAGAUGGUGGGGAGACGUUUGAGGACGCCUCUGAAGUGCUCGGCCCAUCGCUGUAGAAUUUAUGUCUUCUCAGUGAGUAGGGUACUUCCAUCGGCGCCGAGAAGAGGAGCAUUUGCUUUGGUUGGUGGACCAUAGAUAUCCUUGGUCGCAGAGAAACUCUUCCAUUCGUUGCGGUCCAUGUACCCUCGGACCUCCUCGGCCUUGCGCGUCGUCCAAGCGUCCUACAUCUCCUGCAGUCGCUGUUGAACAAGACGGCGACUUUGGUGGUAGGCUAUUUUGUUGUCGUCGGUGGGGCGGUUGACGUAGACUUUUUGCAGGCGAUUCUCCUCGGCGAGCAGUUUGCUGAUGGCGGCGUCGUUGUCGUCGAACCAGUCUUGGUGUUGUCAGCGUGCGCGACCGAGGACAGCCAGCGCCGUCGACUGGACUGUGUCCCGCAGUUGACACCAUCGGUUCUCCACAGAUACGUUCUCGUCAGCGGCGGCGGCGGCGGCAGCGACUGA